AUGGCACGAAUAUCGCUGUUUCUCCUCCUACUGGGGGCCCUCAUCUCGCUAGCAGCAGCAUCCGCGCCCACCUUUUGCAAAUGCACCUGUUUUAAGAACAGCACCAUCAUCCCUCUAGGUCCCAAAGACGAGACAUCCUCCUCCCAGCUCCGCCGUACCAUCCUCGACAUCCCAAGCACCCAGCUAGAGCCGCGAUCCAAGUCCAAAUCAUGCUCCGAAUGCACCAAGGCCUUUUGUCUCAAGCAGGGCAUCGACUUCUGCAAGGACGCAACCGAGGAGGAUGUCUCGACGAUGUGCUUCCAGCGUGACAGCAACAAGGACAAGAUCAUUGUCUGGGCGUUCAUUGUUGGGACUGUCGGGUUGUUGGGCUGGGCUGCUUUCAAGAAGGUUGUGGCGUGGCGCCAGGGGCCUGUGUUUGGGAGGCAGAACAGCAAUUAUGCUCCAAUGCCUGGGAACUUCCGAUGA